AUGUCAAGUUCAGAUGAUGACUCAGACAGUGGUAUCACUGUCUCUGAUGACUCGGAUACCGAAAGCAUUGUCAGCGAAUCUGAGGGGGACGAAGAGUCGGGCUUCGACGAAAUCGAUCAUCAGUUCUCUGAUAGUGAUGGUGGCAAUCAGUUCUCGGAGUCUGUAUUCCUUGAGGGAACCGAAAGUGCUUUCAACUUACUGUUCUUCGCUGGCGGCAGUAUCACUGGUGCCAUUGCCCAUACUUCCGACACCAAUAACACUAUAGACCAGCCCACGGUCCACACUGCCGACGCGGAAGACGACUUGGACGAUGUGAACCCUGGUAGCAAUGAUAGUCACUCGGUGACCAACACAGCUGCUUUGCAUGCAAGCCAACUGUCCAAUGCUGUACGGGCGUUGGAAUCAAGUGUUUACAAUGACAUGUGUCUCGAUCAUUUAAGCAUGCCGUAUCCAACACAAAACUAUGAAACAACUGCUCAACUUGUUGAUACCUCUCGCAAUCCCGGGUUCUUGGAGUACCUAGGAGGGCGCCUUCAACGUACAUUCUUCCAGCCAAAUAUAUAUGCCCCUUUACCCUCGCCCUCGCACAUUCGGGUGCUUUCCAUCCAGCCUGGAUUGACUGAGGACACUCUGGUGGCCUCGUUCGAACUCCUGGAUCUGAACGCAGCAAACAUUCGAUUUGAGGCUAUUUCUUAUCAGUGGAGUGAGGGUGGUGGCCAGAAAGCGUCUAUGCGUCUUGUAGGCGAGAACAUAUCUAUCAACGCGUAUCUUCGAGGUAUUCUGCUGCAUCUUCGGCUCGAGCAACACAUUCGGGUUGUAUGGGCGGAUGCAUUGUGUAUUAACCAAUCUGACCACGCGGAACGUCUUCAGCAAGUUAGCAUAAUGCAAAGGAUAUACUCCCAAGCUUCCAGAGUGAUCGGAUUUGUUGGCAAGGACUAUACCCAUGCGAGUAUGUGCUUCAAUGCCAUCAAGGCUCUGACUUCAGCAUGGUUCAAAGUUCGGAAAAGCUUUGGUCAGAACGAUAGGUCCUCUGCGACGCCCGAUAACAUAUAUGGCUGUGUUCAGAACGAGGCUUCUAUGGGCAGAAUCGUUGAGCUAUUUCAGAGUGGCUACUGGAAGCGAUUAUGGGUUGUCCAAGAGCUAGUCUCCUCCCGUCGUGCGAUCAUUCGAUGGGGAGACGCCGAGAUAUCCUGGACUUUGCUGGGGCUUGCAACGACUCUGAUCAGGAACAACAAAACAUUGAUGACGAUAUUCAAUCGUGUCAGCAAGUCAAAGAAGUCUCCUGGUCCUUUCCAAGCAAGCUUAGACGCUCGGACGGGUCUGAUGAACGCUUAUCUCAUGUACCGAAUGUCUUCAAAUCAGUUUCGGGGCGAUUCAAUGUCAUUUUUGGAUGUACUUCGACUAACCCGAAAUUUCGACGUUUCAGAACGUUUGGAUCGAAUAUACGCCAUCUUGGGCCUUCCGAGUCAACAUACGGGGCCAGGGCGCACGUCCAUACCUCCAGAUUAUCGCCUACUUCCAGAUGGCUUAUACAGCCGCUUCUUCUACUGGGUCUAUCAAACUCACGAUAAUCCGCUCGAAAUCCUUUCUGCAGUCCGGCAUACAUCUCUAUUUUACCCUGAUUUUCCAACAUGGAUACCACGUUGGCACGUGAAACCGAUUAGGAGCAUUGGUAUCUCUCAUAGAGCCAGUAUGAAGUUUAAUGCGUCAGCUGGCUGGAAACCGAAUCCUCCUGCAAAGCUAACUCGGAAUCAAAACGAGCGGUAUUUGAUCCUCCAAGGAUUUGUCCUCGCAUCAGUAACAUCUGCUCACCGGGUGUUCCCUACAGCAAGCACGAAGGAUCGCCGAUCCCGUCAUAAGAAACUCAAAAAGCACAAUGCCGAGCUGAAUCACUGGCUGAACGUGCAUGUGCGUACCCAUAGUAGUAUAGAGGCUCGGCUGUCUCUGGUCUUGACAGCUGGUCAGGAUUGGUACGGUAACAUCUUGAGGGAGCAGAACAAGACAAAUGAGCAUAUUUUUUCGUUUUCAAAGUGGAUUCGGGAUUACUUCAAAAACGCAAAGCUUUGCGAUGAAGAGGCUAUUAGAUACGGACAGACUGUGAGCAACGUGUGUCGCGACCGACAGAUAUUCAGAGCGACGAAUAGUUUGCUAGGAAUUGGACCUAAUCUUCUCAAGAAAGGCGAUUUGUGCGACGCUAUUGGAACAUGGAAACCUCAGUACCUCAAGUGCUGUGAUGAUGACGAUCACCGGAAACCUCCAGAAAAAGAAAAUGGUACAGCAAGCAAGAUGAGCAAGAAGAAGCAAAGUAUCCAAUAA